CGCGGUUCGAGCGCGGCCAUGGCGGAGCCGGGGAUGGAGCCGGAGCCGGGCCCGGAGGCCGUGACGGCCGAGGCGGUGCUGAGGGAGCUGCGGCUCUUCGAGCUGCGCUGCGAGGGCGAGGAAGUGCCCGACAAGCUGGUGGAGCUGUGCCUGAGCCACGGGCUGGGCCCGGUGGCCUUGGCCAACGAGCUGCUGGCCUUCGUCACCAGCAAGGACCUCGACCUGCAGCUCACCCCCGAGGGCCUGGACGCCUUCGAGCACGAGGUGCUGGCCAAGCGCGGCGGCCGCGGGCGGCGCGGGCGGGACGAGCGCCGGGGGCUCCUCCACGACAUCCACUCGCUGCAGGAGCUGCUCCACGAGGAGCAGGAGGACGAGCUGCUGGACGCCUACACCACCCCAUCCAAGGGCUCCCAGAAACGCAGCAAUUCCACACCAGAGACGCCCCGGCCCAAGCGGGCGCCCUCGUCCCGCAGCCCCUACGGGCUCUUCUCCCCCAGCAGCUUCUCCCCAAGUGUCACCCCCUCCCAGAAAUACUCAUCCCGGGGGGGCCGGGGCGAGGUCGUGGCCUCGUUUGGCUCCGUGCAGGGCCCGGCCUGGCGCGGCCGCGGCGGCUGCGCCGUCAGAACCUUCGGCUGCCCCGAGCACAGCCUCAGCAAACCCUACAAAUUCAUGUUCCAGAAGGCGCUGGACGUGCGGGAAGCGCUGGCCGAGCGGGUGGAGGAGCUCGGGGAGGUUCUGCGGAGGCACCACGGCCUGGACACCUUCAGCUCUGCUGUGCUCCCGGCCCAGGAGCCGGUGACAGUGCUGGGCCAGAUCGGCUGCGAUGGCAACGGGAAGCUGAACGCCCACUCCGUGCUGCUGCUGGGGGACAGGGAGCACUCGGGGGGGGCCCAGGUCCCUCUGGACCUCUCCGAGCUUCCAGAAUAUUCCCUCUUCCCGGGACAGGUGGUGGCCCUGGAAGGCACCAACAGCACGGGCAGGAGAAUGGUGGUGACCAAGCUCUACGAGGGGGUCCCUCUGCCCUUCCACACCCCCACGGAGCCAAUGGCAGGGCAGAGGCUGGUGCUGGUGGCCUGUGGCCCCUUCACGCCCUCGGACAGCGUCGCCUUCGAGCCCCUCAGUGACCUCCUGGAGCUCGUGGCCCGGGACCGCCCCGACGUUUGUGUCCUGCUUGGGCCGUUCCUGGACGCCAAACACGAGCAGGUGGAGAGCUGCCAGCUGCUGAGCCCCUUCUCCGACGUGUUCCGCCUCUGCCUCAGGACCAUCAUCGAGGGCACCAGGAGUGCUGGCUGCCAGCUGGUGCUGGUGCCCUCUCUCCGGGACGUCUCCCAUGACUUCGUGUACCCGCAGCCUCCCUUCCCCUUCCAGGACCUGCCCAAGGAGGACAGAGCGCGCGUGCUGCUGGUGCCCGAGCCCUGCACCCUGGACAUCGACGGCGUCGUCUUCGGCCUCACCUCCACCGACCUCCUCUUCCACAUGGGGGCUGAGGAGAUCAGCAGCUCCUCCGGGGUCUCCGAUCGCUUCACGCGGAUCCUGCGGCACAUCCUGACCCAGCGCAGUUUCUACCCCCUGUACCCCCCCUCCGAGGAGCUCAACGUGGAUUUCGAGGCGCUGGCGGCGUUCGCGGCGCUGCCGGUGACCCCCGACGUGCUGGUGACGCCCUCCGAGCUGCGCUUCUUCAUCAAGGACGUCCUGGGCUGUGUCUGCAUCAACCCCGGGCGUCUGACCAAGGGCCAGGCCGGGGGCACCUACGGGCGCCUGCUGCUGCGGAGGGACGGGGACAGAACGGGGGACAGGGACGGGGACAGAACUGGGGACAGAACUGGGGACAACCCCGGGGACAACCCUGGGGACAACCCUGCAGAGAACCCCGGGGACAACCCCAGGGACAGCCCCGGGGCCGCCCCCCGGAGCAGCCCCUGCGUGGCCGCCCAGGUCGUGAGGAUCUGAGCCCCCAGCUCCUGGAACGGGGGUGGAACUCCUGGAAUUCCAGCUAAAACUCCUAGAAUUUGGGUUAAAACUCCUGGAACUGGGGUGAAACUCUGGGAAUUGGGGUGAAAUUCCCAGAAUUGAGAUUAAAACUCCUGGAAUUCUGGUUAAAACUCCUAGAAUUGGGGCUAAAACUCCUGGACUUGGGGUGAAACUCUGGGAAUUGGGGCUAAAACUCCUGGAAUUUUGGUAAAACUCCUGGAAUUGGGGUGAAACUCCUGAAAUUUGGAUUAAAACUCCUGUAAUUGGGGUGAAACUCUGGGAAUUGGGGUGAAAUUCCCGGAAUUGAGAUUAAAACUCCUGGAACUGGGGUGAAACUCCUGGAAUGGGGCUGAAACUCUUGGAAUUGAGGCUGAAACUCCUGGAAUUGGGGUGAAACUCUUGGAAUUCUUGUUAAAACUCCUGGAAUUUGGAUUAAAACUCCUGGAAUUGGGGGUGAAACUCCUGGAAUUGGGGUGAAACUCCUGAAAUUUGGAUUAAAACUCCUGUAA